CAGCUGGUAGUAACACACUCACUAUCUCUCAGAGCGACAGUAAGAAACAGUCCUCGGCUGAAGACACGGAGCAUUGACGUGACUGUGGAACUAUGAAGGGACUCCUGUUCCUGUUUCUGUUCCUCUUGUUUGGAGGUCAGAGGUCAUCAGCAUGCCCUCGCUUUUGCACCUGUCAUGGCGGUCGGGUGGAUUGCAGCCACAGGUCUCUCACCUCCUCUUCACUGCCUACUAGUUUCCCUGCUGGGACCACUGAGCUCCAUCUCCACAGCAACAAGCUGACCACCCUCCCCAAUGGGCUCCUGGAUGAUUUGACCUCCCUCCGCUCUGUCUCCCUUCAUGGCAACCCCUGGGCAUGUGACUGUGGCGUCCUCUACCUGCGAGCCUGGCUGCUGCGUCAGCCCGCCGGCCUCACAUCACACCUGGGAGUCAACUGCAGCUCCCCACCUGGCUUGAGAGGGCGGCUGGUGGUGUAUUUAACUGAGGAGGAGGUCCUGGAAUCCUGCCACUACUGGUACUGUGACCUGGCUUUGGUCUCACAGGUGUGUCUGUUUGUGUUUGUGGUGGUGCAAGUGAUUCUGCUGGUGGCUGUCAUCGUGUUCCUGAAGAGGUUCGAGAGGCUGUCCAAAGAGGCGAGGAGAACCACAGAGGAGAGCUUCACAGCUGGGGAUGGUCAGCGGGAGAACGAGUACACACCUAUAAAGGACAGCAGCAUCUGAGAUGGAAAAUGACUGUUAGAUUCAAAAUGAGAUAAAGAGCCUUUACUCAUGAGAGAAAAUGGUGGUCACAUGCUUUUGUGUGUCAGAAUAUCAUUUCAAAGUAAAUUUACAUAUGGACAAUAAAGUCUAUGCACUUGUACUCACUGCACUCACUCCCAGUUUAUUUACUUUCAGUCACAUGUCAAAUAUGAUAAGCCGCUUUCUACAUUGACCAAACCCCACAUGGUUGAAAUAGCAAAUGUAACUUUUCUUUCCUCAGAGGCUCAUGUGGUUGAAGAGAAUAAAAUUAGCACUUUGAUAUGCUUUAUUUGUGGAUGUCUGCAACUAAGAAUAAUUUCAACUGAAGAGUGAAUGUGAAAUGGUUAUGUCUGAAGUACUUUAUGUUGUACCUUAUGUUUUCAUGUCUGAAGCUGGCUAUUUUAUAUGUUUUUCUAAUGGCAUUAUAUUUUAAUGUUUAUUUCAGAUGUAAAAUUUUGCCAUUUUCUAUAAAUAUAUUUUGUUGGAUGAAAAAAAUCACAAAUAAUUUAGAUUUCGCCAUGUUUAUGCCAGUUUCCCAAACAAUUUCAGCUAUUUAUUUUCUGAUGUUUUAAACACAGAACCAAUGUGAAAGGUUUAAUUAAAAUCACAGUGUAUGGCAAUA